CGAACCCUUGCAGUUCAAGUUCAACUACCCCAUUCUGAAAAGUGGUUUCACCCACUCCUGCUUUAGAAUGGUAAGGGCGCUACCACCAUCUGGACUUGAGGGGGCGUGUCCUUUCCGGAUGUGACACCACACUGACCCGGAAAAGAAGGAAGCUGGGGCAGUGGGGCCUCUGUGGCAACUAUGGAGGGAUCCGGCUACAGGGUGGUGUUUGAGAAGGGAGGUGUGUACCUGCACACCAGCGCCAAAAAGCAUCAGGACCCAGACUCGCUCAUCGCUGGCGUCAUCCGUGUCGUGGAGAAGGACAAUGACGUCCUUCUGCACUGGGCUCCUGUAGAGGAGGCUGGAGAUUCCACCCAAAUCCUCUUUUCCAAGAAGGACUCCAGUGGGGGUGACUCCUGCACCUCUGAGGAGGAACCUACCUUUGACCCAGGCUAUGAACCUGACUGGGCUGUCAUCAGCACAGUGCGGCCACGGCCACAUCACUCAGAACCCACAGAAGGUGCAGAGCCAAGCUCCACCCGGGGCUCCUGGGCCUUCUCGGUGAGCCUGGGGGAGCUCAAGUCCAUACGCCGGUCCAAGCCAGGCCUCAGCUGGGCCUACCUGGUCCUGGUGACUCAGGCUGGAGGCUCGCUGCCUGCUCUGCACUUCCACCGUGGGGGCACCCGAGCCCUGCUGCGUGUCCUCAGCCGCUACCUGCUGUUGGCCAGCUCACCACAGGACUCCCGCCUCUACCUUGUCUUCCCUCACGACUCUUCCGCCCUCUCCAACUCCUUUCACCACCUGCAGCUCUUUGACCAGGACAGCUCCAACGUGGUGUCUCGCUUCCUCCAGGACCCCUACUCCACCACCUUCAGCAGCUUCUCCCGAGUGACCAACUUUUUCCGAGGAGCACUGCAGCCACACCCUGAGGGGACCUCCUCCCCUGACCUUCCUCCACCACCUGAUGAUGAGCCUGAGCCUGGGUUCGAGGUCAUAUCCUGUGUAAAACUGGGGCCACGGCUACCUGUGGAACGGGCUUCCCCAGUCACAGAAGGGGAAUGGGCCCUCCACGUGGGCCCUGAGGGCCGCCUACAACAGGUCCCUGAAUUGAAGAACCGGAUCUUCUCAGGGGGUCUGAGCCCCAGCCUGCGACGAGAGGCCUGGAAGUUCCUCCUGGGAUACCUCAGCUGGGAAGGCUCAGCUGAGGAGCACAAGGCCCAUGUGCGCAAGAAGACGGAUGAGUAUUUCCGCAUGAAGCUGCAGUGGAAGUCUGUGAGUCCCGAGCAGGAGCGGAGGAACUCACUCCUGCAUGGAUACCGCAGCCUCAUUGAGAGAGAUGUGAGCCGCACUGACAGGACCAACAAAUUCUACGAGGGCCCCGAGAACCCAGGGCUGGGCCUCCUGCAUGACAUCCUCCUCACGUACUGCAUGUACCACUUUGAUCUUGGCUACGUCCAGGGCAUGAGUGACCUUCUCUCCCCGAUCCUCUACGUCAUUCAGAGUGAAGUAGAUGCUUUCUGGUGUUUCUGUGGCUUCAUGGAGCUUGUGCAUGGAAACUUUGAGGAGAGUCAGGAGACCAUGAAGCGGCAGCUCGGGCAACUCCUGCUGCUCCUGAGGGUGCUGGACCAGCCACUGUGCGACUUCCUGGACUCCCAGGACUCUGGUUCUCUCUGCUUCUGCUUCCGGUGGCUACUCAUCUGGUUCAAGAGAGAAUUCCCUUUCCCGGAUAUCCUUCGGCUGUGGGAGGUGCUGUGGACAGGGCUUCCUGGUCCCAAUCUGCACCUGCUAGUAGCCUGCGCCAUCCUGGACAUGGAGCGGGACACCCUCAUGCUGUCUGGCUUUGGCUCCAAUGAGAUCCUUAAGCACAUUAACGAGCUGACCAUGAAGCUGAGCGUGGAAGACGUGCUGACACGUGCCGAGGCCCUCUACCGGCAACUGACUGCCUGCCGGGAACUGCCCCACAACGUUCAGGAGGUUUUGGGUCUGGUGCCACUCUCAGAGCCCCGCAGCCCCUCGCCCCUGGUGUCCCCACUGCCACUAUCACCUACACGGGCCCCGCCUGCCCCGCCGCCUCCAGGGGACACAGCCCCACAACCUGACAGCAGCCUAGAGAUCCUGCCAGAGGAGGAAGACGGCCCAGACUCCUAACCUGUAUUGACCAGUGGCCUGCACAGGUGCUUUAUCUGCCUCUGGGGGCUAAGGGAGGGACCUGUGAGGAGGGCUGCUGCCCACUGCACUCCUGAUAAACUGGUUUCAUUAAACUGACAUUUCUCACUUCACUUGGCAUUAUGGCCAGGAUGGGGAGGUGGUGGCAUGUGGCCCCUGUGCAGAGCCCAAGCCUGACCACCUGACCUGGGACUCGGCCAAUGAGACAUAAGAGGUGGUCCCCGUAGGGCGUGUGGAGGCAGGGCUUUUUUUUUUUUUUUUCCAGAAGUCUUUGGGGCUUCUGGAAAAGUAGAAGAUGAGGUGUUUCAGGGCCACAGCAGCAGGCACCUCCUGGAUGUAAUGGCAGUGAGGGGCCUGCAGAGCUGCACACUGGUACCCUGCCCAUCAGCUGCUGCUCAUGUGAAAAAAAAUAAAAUAAACUUGUUUAGCCCACUGGAA